AUGCUUAGAUCAAUAACCAGCCGUCCUAUCACUCAAAAACAUGAUUUAGUCGUCAUUGGUGGUGGUCCAGGUGGUUACGUUGCUGCUAUCAAAGCUGCUCAAUUAGGUUUAGAUACCGCUUGUAUUGAAAAAAGAGGUACUUUAGGUGGUACAUGUUUAAACGUUGGUUGUAUUCCAUCAAAAGCUUUAUUAAACAACUCACAUUUAUAUCACACAAUUAAACAUGAUACUCAAAAGAGAGGUAUUGAUGUUGGUGAUGUUAAAUUAAACAUUGAAAAUUUCCAAAAAGCUAAAGAUACUUCUGUUAAACAGUUAACUUCUGGUAUUGAAGGUUUAUUCAAGAAAAACGGUGUCACUUAUUAUAAAGGUUCAGGUUCAUUCGUUGACGAACAUACCGUUAAAGUUAACGCCAUUGAAGGUGGUGAAGAUGCUACUUUAGAAGCUAAAAACAUCAUUGUCGCUACUGGUUCAGAAGUUACCCCAUUCCCAGGUAUCACUAUUGAUGAAGAAAGAAUUGUUUCAUCUACUGGUGCUUUAUCAUUAAAAGAAGUUCCAAAGAAAUUAGCCAUUAUUGGUGGUGGUAUUAUUGGUUUAGAAAUGGGUUCAGUUUAUUCAAGAUUAGGUUCUGAAGUUACUGUCAUUGAAUUCCAAGGUGCUAUUGGUGCUUCAAUGGAUGGUGAAGUUGCUAAAACUACACAAAAAUUCUUACAAAAACAAGGUUUGAAAUUCAAAUUAAGUACUAAAGUUACAAGUGCAACUAGAAAUGGUGAUAUUGUUAACAUUGAAGUUGAAGAUGUUAAAAAAGGUACAAAAGAAUCUAUUGAUGCCGAUGUCUUAUUAGUCGCUGUUGGUAGAAGACCACAUAUUGAAGGUUUAAACGCUGAAGUUUUAGAUUUAGAAGUUGACAAGAGAGGUCGUUUAGUUAUUGAUUCAGAAUUCAGAUCAAAACACCCACACAUUAGAGUCAUUGGUGAUGUUACAUUCGGUCCAAUGUUAGCACAUAAAGCUGAAGAAGAAGGUAUUGCUGCCGUUGAAUACAUUACUGAAGGUCAUGGUCAUGUUAACUACGGUAACAUUCCAUCAGUUAUGUAUUCUCAUCCAGAAGUCGCUUGGGUUGGUCAAACUGAAGAACAAUUAAAAGAAGCUGGUAUUAGUUACAAAGUUGGUAAAUUCCCAUUUGUUGCUAACUCAAGAGCUAAAACUAAUCAAGAUUUUGAUGGUUUUGUUAAAUUCUUAGCAGAUGCUGAAACUGAAAGAGUUUUAGGUGUUCAUAUCAUUGGUGCUAAUGCUGGUGAAAUGAUUGCUGAAGCUGGUUUAGCAUUAGAAUAUGGUGCUUCAACAGAAGAUAUUGCAAGAACUUGUCAUGCUCAUCCAACCUUAUCUGAAGCUUUCAAAGAAGGUGCUAUGGCUACUUUUGGUAAAGCAAUCCAUUUCUAA